AUGAAGGGCCCCGGCCUCUUUUCGAUCCUCUCCUCCCUCGUCCUCUUCUUUGCAGCUUGUUCCUCGGCCUGGCCGUGGCCCGAUUUUCUUGACAACAAGGUCGAUGCUCUGAUUGUCCCUCGACAGAACCAGAACGGAAAUGGCAAUAAUGCCUCCUCAACCGGAAGCAACCCCUCAAGCACAUCUGCCAGUCAAUCUGCAUCUUCAACGGGCUCAACGAUAACUGCGUCGGCAUCUGUGUCAGGCUCAGGGUCUCUAAACUCGACUACAACAAAAAGCACAAAAACAACUCUAAUUGACCCUCGCCUCCCUCCCGGCGGUAUCUCGCUCAUCACCCCCGCUGCAAUCGAUGGUCCUCAAUACUACAAGGUCGGGGACUUUGUCACGUUCGCUUGGAACUAUACUUCUCUGUCGGUAACCCCAUCCGCCAUCGACGUAUUGGCCUCCUGCGCCUUGAAUCAAGCCACCUAUACAAUCUCUUCCAACAUGUCAGUGCAGGAAACCGGUGCUAUUACCUGGGACACUGGCGAGAUGUAUGCAACGGCCACCAACCCCUUUCCAGUCGCCAGUUACACCUUGAUUAUUCACGAUUCGUCCCAAGAUAUCACCGAUGUCCCCAGCGCUGGGUUUUUGGCUGCUUUUGAGCAGUAUGUUUUUGGGAUGUACACACCGCAAGCGUAUACUCCGCUGAACGAGUUCAAAUGCGCAACCUGCAAUGGCGCAUUCUCCAUCCACGAAAAACAAGCAUUAGGCGUGAUACUCACAACAUCAGCAAUUACCAUCUUGUCCUUCACAUGGUUCGCUAGGGGAUUUGGCGUGUUUUGA